ACUAGUGCCUGUUCCUCUCAUUAAAAACACACUCCCUGCCUCUGACUCUGCACGGUUACCACACCACACAUGUAUUAGUCUAAUAAACUACUGUCCCGGACGCUGAGCGGAGGUUCAUCUUGUGAUUUUGCAAGAGACGGCAGGUUAGGAAGAUAAUAUCCCUCUGCGGGCAUGCGCAGAUUGACCCCUCCCCCACGCAGUUAGUUAAGCCAGCGCUAUUCCAGUGCGACUUUGCAUUUCACUUAAGAAAACCCCUGACCCCUAAUAACCGUUGAAACAUUGUGUCAAGAGUGUUUUCCUCAUUUUCAUCACUGCAUACAGCCUCUGCUGCUGUCCUUGUGUUAUAAUAUGGAGACUGAGUGGCUGUGCUGUGCUCGGUUUGGGGUUUAGAGAGACCGAGCUGUAAGUAGGUCGGGCUGGGCUUAAGCGGCUUAGCUACGUCAGCCUAAGCUGGGAGGAAUUCAUCCAAAGCCCUCCGCGGUAGGCGGGGGCCUAAACGAGGCUGGCCUAGUUAAGCCUGAUUCUUAUUGUGUGCAGCACAGCCUGUUUUUGUUGUGCAACGUAGCUGAGAGGCAACCAAGGAGGAGAGUAUGAAUCCUUGCACAUGUUAGGCAAAGCUUAUGUUUUGUUCUGAGAAGAAGAAGAAGAAGAAGAAGAAGAAAAGGGAAUUGAGAAAUGUGUGGGAGUUUUAACUUUUCACCGUGGAUCAAGAGAAGCCAGAAGCAGGGACAAAAAAGACAGGUGGGAAGAGUGAGGAGCCUCAGUAUCAAGUGUUAGUGCUGACGGGGGGAUGCCCAUAAGCCUGGCUUGGUCUGUGUGAGUCCACUAUGCUAUAGGAUGGCAUCCAGCUCUGUGUUUCUGUCCAGUAUGGUGGGCAAAGCUCGCUCCUCCAACUUCACCCUCUCUGAGAAGCUGGACCUGUUGAAGCUGGUCCGCCCUCACAUCCGCAUCCUGGAGGAGCACACCAACAAACAUGCGGUCAUCGUGGACAAGAACAAGUGCUGGGACACUGUGGCCGAGCAGUACAACGCCCUGGGAGGAGACAGACCACAUCGCACUGCUCAGGGACUCAGGACCCUUUACAAGAGGCUGAAGGAGUCUGCAAAGCAGGAAGUGAUGCAGCGGAGACACGCCCAGCCAGAGUACAGAGCCAGCAUCUCUGAGCCAACCAGGAGAAUUAUGGAGAUGAUCCCUCACCUGUUUCACCAUGUGCCCAUUCACGAGAAGGACCAGGCUCUGCGCAGAUUAAUAUACAGCAAGCACAGCUCUCCAAUCGAGCAUCCUGGCAGCAGCUCCUCUCUGGCUGGACUCCAGGAUUACUCAGCAGCUGUCCCAAGUAUCCCCCACGAGGUGGUCCAGCUGGACCCUGAAGAGGAUGUUAAACCACCGCCAGACCUCCCCCUCCUCUCCUCACACACAGGAUCAGGGCUGGAUGAAGGCCAGGAGCAGGAAGAAGAGCAGGACUUGGGCAGUGUCCACGAUUAUGAAGCAUCCUUGUCUCCCACCCCAUCCUCUGUCAACCUCCCCCUCUCCCCCUCGCCCCUGCCCUUGCGGCACGACCUUUACCCAAAUGAUAUCUAUCCCCAUCAUGAGCCUGAAAGGUUUCGCCCUCUGCACCUGGCCAAAGAGGAGCACGAGCUGGUGUUAGCCAAUCACAGGAAGGUUGCUGUGUAUUUGGAGGAGAAGAGAGAGGGGCUGAAGAGGAAACAGGACCUGGAGGAGGAACUCCUGAAAGCCAAGAUCAAAGUUGAGAAACUAAGGGCUGCACGACUGAGACAUGGGCUGCCAAUUCCUCUAUAACAAGCUCGAACACACAUGUCUUGGCCACUGUAAGAAAGGGAGAGUCUCUGAGGAAUUUACAGUGUGAAGAAAGACCUGAGAGGAUAUCAGUUUCAACAGAACUUUAAUUUCUUUAAAGAAACAUAGUGCCUCGUACAGACACUAAACGCCUGUUUGCAAUUUGCAGGAAAAGGCUGACUUCUUUUUCCAUCAGUCUGCAUUUGUGCUCGUCUGUUUGAUAUGUCUCUUCGUUCUCUGUGUUGACAGAAGUAGCAACAAAACAUGUAAAUGCCUCUGUUAGAAAUACUGUGACAGGCCCAACUAGGCAAAAUAAAUGUGAAAGUCAAGUCUCUUGAAGGGAAUAUUAAUAGUAUUGAAUGUGUCAUACCGUGAUGGUAGUCUUCCCGGCCCCUGUUGAGUAUCUAUGGGAAUUUUAGCUUAGCAUUUGUCAUCUUUAUUGUUCAGGUUUGAAAUGACUCCCAACAGCAUUUACUGCUGUGAUGAGCAGAAGAACUAAGGCUACGUUCACACUGCAAGGCUUAACGCUCAGAUCCUUUUUAUUGUUUGCCUGUUCACAUUACCAUCUAUAAUGUGACCUGUAUCCGAUUCCAGUGUGAACUGUUUGCGGCUCCGAACUGCCUCGCAUGCGCAAAAGAACAGUAACAAUGACGUCACAUGCAGCUGUUUCACAAGUUCUUUUGAUAUACUUUCAAACACAGAACGGUUAUGGUAUGAACCAUCAUGCUUUGCUUGUAUGGAAGUGUCACCCCAUAUAUUUAUAAGGUCCCUCCAUUGACUUGCUCCAUCGUUGCUAUCCUCCAUUUUUGCAAGGCUACGGCUGCGCAGAAUUGUGACGUGUGUCGCUAUAAAGUGACGUUAAAGUAUCAAAUGCGCAUCAAAUCCACAUUGGCUGUUCACACUGACGUCGCAUUGAAAAAAAAUCUGAUCUGUAUCUGAUUCAGGACCACAUAUUGAAGUGGUCUAAAUCAGAUUUGAAAAAAUCAGCUUUGGUCCAGAUUUGAGUGUUCACACUGCCUCUAAAAAAUCACUUGACCCCCCCCAAAAAAAUCUGAUUUGGGCCACUUUUGCCUGCAGUGUGAACAUAGCCUAAGUGUGGGAGUCUACCUCAAUUUUGUUGCAUUUUCUUUGGUGUACAAAAAUGUUAGUUUUUAGGAACUUUGAUUAAAAAAACAUUAAUUCAUGAGAUAUUUCUUUGCAGCACCUAAAUUCAAACAAAUUAGAGAUAGGAUGUCAAAGAAAAAGUACUAGCUUGAAUCAAUAGAAACACCUCUUUAGAAGUUAGAAAUGUUGCAUUUGCCACGAUUGAAGCACAAGUGAAACUGUUACAAAGCCUUAAACACGUGAUGCUAAUGAGGACAACUGAUUUAAGGUACUGAAAAUGAAUCAUAUGUUCAUGUCAGAAUUCUCUUGCUGAAUGGAAAAGAAGGGAGAUGUGGAGCUGGUUUUGUGAUGUUAAUGUUAUUUAAUGUAUGUGACUACAACAUUGAUUGUAUUGUAAUGUUGGUACACAAGUGUUUGUCCAUAUGUUUUUUUUAUUUCUAUAAAAAAAAUAAGAUUAGU